AUGAGUAAACAAGCAUUCCAGCUUGAAGAAGUCGUCGAAAAUUCUAAGUGUAUGGCCGCGUCUUACCGGGUACCAUCGGUGGUGAUGAUGAAAGGCGAAGGAUCCUAUUUAUGGGACCUCGACAAUAAGAAAUAUAUUGAUUUUUUUGCCGGAAUUGCUGUUAACUCUCUUGGGCAUUGUGACCCAGAAGUGACGCAGAUUAUUCGUGAGCAAGCUGGAGUCCUUUUGCACUCUUCUUUCGCCUGCCCAACAGCAUGGCCAUAUGCCCUUGCUGCCAAAUUAGUCGAAAAAACUAAGGAGUCUGGAGGAAUGUAUAACGCUUCCAAUGUUUUCUUUAGCAAUUCUGGUGCUGAAGCUAACGAAGCGGCGCUGAAGUUUGCGCGCAAAUGGGGCAAAUCAAUUUCUGAAAACAAGUUUGAGAUAAUCUGUUUCAGCACAUCGUUCCAUGGACGGACCUUCGGAGCCUUGAGUGUCACCUCAAAGCUAAAGUAUCAAGAGCCUUUCACACCUUUGGUUCCUGGAGUUAAACAGGCCCAAAUUGGAGACAUCGAGUCUGUUAGAAGGCUUAUUUCGGAAAGGACUUGCGCAGUGAUCAUUGAACCAGUCCAGGGAGAGGGAGGUGUUCGUCCUGUGGAUAUAGAUUUCCUUGUCCAGCUCAAAGGACUAUGCAAAAAAUAUCAAGCUGCUCUGAUUUAUGAUGAGGUCCAAGUAGGUGUGGGACGUUCCGGUACACUUUGGGCUCAUUCCAAGCUUCCAAAAGAGGGUCAUCCAGACAUCUUCACAUCUGCUAAGGCUUUAGCUAACGGUUGUCCUAUUGGCGCGACUAUUAUUUCCCCCGAAAUCAACCAAGUAUUAGAGUCUGCAGACCAUGGCUCCACAUUUGGGGGUAAUCCCAUUUCUGCUCGUGUUGCCUGCCACGUUCUAGACAGAAUUUCCAACAAACAAUUUUUGGAAGAGGUUCAACGGAAGGCAAGUCUCCUACACUCUAAACUUCUUCAGCUGCAGGUUAAAUACCCUGACAUCGUUAAGGACGUAAGAGGUUCUGGAUUGAUGAUGGGAAUGGAGCUCUCCGUUGAGGCCAAACCAGUGAUUGCUAAGGCCAAAGAACUGGGACUUGUGACCACAGUUGUGGGUGAUCACGUUGUCAGGCUUUUGCCAGCACUAAAUAUCCCAGAUGACGUACUUGUGCAAGGUGUGAUUAUCCUUGAAAAUACUCUUGAUGAACUUUUUGGGAACAAUAGAUCAGCUUAA